AUGGGUGUCAAGGGUUUCGUUGAAGGAGGCAUAGCUUCCAUCAUUGCAGGAUGUUCAACGCACCCUCUUGAUCUCAUCAAGGUUCGAAUGCAGCUUCAAGGAGAAACUCAAACUCACACAACGAAUAUCCGAUCAGCACUUGCAUUUCAGCCUGGUUCCGUUCACCCGUCGCCAGCGGCGAUCAGACCAACAAGACCACCUCGCGUUGGUCCUAUCGCCGUUGGUGUUAGGCUAGUUAAACAAGAAGGCGUGGCAGCACUUUACUCCGGCGUAUCCGCCACUAUCCUCCGGCAGGUUCUCUACUCCACCACCCGUAUGGGACUCUAUGACAUGCUAAAGAAAAAAUGGUCCGAUCCGAAUUCCGGCGGUGGUUUUACGUUAACAAGAAAAAUAGCAGCAGGGCUGCUCGCCGGCGGGAUUGGAGCAGCGGUAGGAAAUCCAGCUGACGUAGCAAUGGUCAGGAUGCAGGCAGACGGAAGACUUCCGUCCACUCAGAGAAGAAACUAUAAGUCCGUCGUGGAUGCCAUCACAAGAAUGGCAAAAGACGAGGGAGUUACUAGUUUAUGGCGUGGUUCAUCUCUUACUGUGAACCGCGCCAUGCUAGUUACCGCCUCUCAGCUGGCUUCCUACGACGAGUUUAAGGAAACGAUUCUGGCAAAGGGAUGGAUGAAGGACGGGCUUGGAACCCACGUGACGGCUAGUUUUGCCGCGGGUUUUGUGGCGGCUGUUGUGACGAAUCCUGUGGACGUGAUCAAAACGAGGGUGAUGAAUAUGAAAGUGGAGGCUGGAUCGCCGCCGCCGUACUCCGGUGCGGUUGAUUGUGCUCUGAAAACUGUUCGCGCUGAGGGUCCUAUGGCUCUUUAUAAGGGCUUUAUUCCUACGAUUACGAGGCAGGGACCGUUUACGGUUGUUUUGUUUGUUACGUUGGAACAGGUUCGUAAGGUGCUUAAGGAUUUCUAA